AUGCAAGUAUCUAUCACUAACCAGAAGAAUACAGAGGCUUCCAUAAAAAAUCUAGAAGUUCAGGUGGGUCAGCUAGCGAAACAAUUAGCUGACAAGUUUGAAGGUCCAUUCUCAGCAAACACAAAGGCCAACCCUAAGGAGCAAUGCCAAGCCAUCACAACAAGGAGUGGUAAGGUGGUAGGUAGUGAUGUUGGAGUGAGUGAGAAAAAGAGUGAGGAGAAAGAAGAACAUGAGCAAGGUGGUGAGGUUGAGAAAGAGAUUGAGAGAAAAGAUGGAGAAAGUAGUAAAGGUGGAGAUAAAGAGAAAGAAAGACAGUUUGCAAGAUUUCUGGAUAUUAUGAAGAAGCUCCAGAUCAACAUUCUUUUCACUGAAGCUAUGGAACAAAUGCCCACAUAUGCUAGAUUUAUGAAGGAUUUGUUGACCAAGAAGAGAAGGAUUCUUGAAGAGGAAACUAUGGAGCUUGAAGUAGGGUGCAGUGCUAUUAUACAGAAGUCUCUACCCCAUAAUUCCAGAGAUCUGAGCAGUUUCACUCUUCCAGUGACUAUUGAAAAUUUAUCAGUGGGAAAGACACUUCUAGAUCUUAGUGCUAGUAUCAAUUUGAUACCCUUAUCUAUGCUAAAGAAAAUUGGAGAUGUGGAGGUACGUCCUAUAAGGAUGACCUUGCAGCUAGCAGACAAAUUAGUGAAACUUCCACAUGGCAUAGUUGAAGAUAUGAUAGUAAAGGUGGACAAAUUCAUGUUUCCAGUGGAUUUUGUAGUAAUGGAUAUUGAAGAGGAUGCAGAGGUUCCUUUGAUUCUAGGUAGACCAUUCAUGAAGACCGCCCGAGUUAUCAUUAACAUGGAUGACGGAAAGCUAAAGGUGCAAGUUUAA